UUGCCCACUAAGUACUACGCGCUUGCUCAGGUACUGCCAGUGGUUGGAGGACUCCAGAGGCGGACGGUGAGCUUUCGUCGUAAGUCGCUAUGGAUCUUGAGUUCUAUGCGUCGCUAGGGCUGGAGUGUAUUCUGUAUGGCGUAUAUUCCGUCCUUUUCAUAAGCAGCUUGUACCUGCUCCUGUUCCACAGACGAAGGGGUGCCGCUCAGAGGCUGGUACACCACUAUGUUCUGAUCGCCACCGUGAUCAUGUACUCCGUGUCUACGACGCACCUCGUCCUCAGUUUUCGCGUUUUCUCAGACAGCUUCCUGAACGGAAAUAAUUGGGAUCCGAAUACACCGGGGACGGAUGCGCUCUGUAUCGCGAAGAUGUAUUUGCCUGCGAUUAAUUUCAUGCUCGCGGACCUGAUUGUCAUAUGGCGGUUAUACCUCCUCUGGAAUUUCAACGUUUGGGUUUGCGUACCGCCUCUCUUCCUAGUGCUCGCGACCGGCGUCACGGCCAUCGCGGGAACGACACAGGCGGCAGCACAUAUGCAUACAAUCGUCCUCGACGCGCAUUAUCCAUGGACCUUAGCGCUCAACUGUCUGACGCUCGCCACGAAUGUUGUCACGACGGCUUUGGUGGCUUAUCGAGCAAGAUGGUAUAAUCGAUCAUCUAUCCAGGACCGCCGAAGUGAGGCCCGCAAGCUGAGCCAGGAGAUACUGGCCACGAUCGUGGAAUCCGGCUUCCUGUACUGCUUCACCUGGGUCAUUUGCUUCAUCGUGUACUGGUCGCGCACACACGGGAACUUCUUGAUUGCGGACAACAUCCCUCAGCUGACGGGCAUCUAUUCGUCCCUCAUCAUCCUUCUCGUCGCCCUCAAAAUGACACAACUGGACUCCAUCGCCCUGCUCUCCCAUGACGGUCGCGCUGAUCCCGAGACCCGUGGAACCAUGAACCGUACGGUCCUUCAAACAGCACCCUUGGAGCUCCGAAACAUAUCCACUCAUACCAGCCCACACUCGACGAAACCCAUGGUGGUGCAUGUAAUGACAUCGGUGGAGGAGAGCGGGGACAGGGACAGGGGCUGCACACCGAAUUCUUCUCACCGGGUUCAUCCAUAUUCCAGACCGUACGAUGUUGCUAAAGAUUAGACCCAAGGAUGAAUCGAUGACGGACUGCG